AUGCACAGUUUAUUUGUAGGGCUCGUUCUGGCUUCGAAGAUUCUAUGCUUCUCAAGUGAGGUUAUUUAUACGGAUUGGUCAAAAAGCAUUAUAAGGUAUACAACCACGCACCCGUCUCCACAUUUCCUUGCAGUUAAGUAUCCUCUGAAUGUGACACCAUACCUAAUAUCUUUGCCUGUAUAUAGAAUUGUCGAGGAGAGGUCAUCGACUAUUGUCAUUUUUCGUCUGGAAGGCAAGAGGACGUUAGACAUUCCCUGUGAGAAGAGCCUGUGUAGAGUCUGGGAGUGCUCGCCUUACAUAGAUGAAGGAGUUGAAAUAAAGGCUGUGGGAUUGGUUGGAAACAAUGUUGUUUGGGAAGAUAGAGUUGUAGACUGGGUGGUGAUUCCAGACUUUACCAUACAGUUUGUAGCAUUCAACAGCUUUGGAAUACUUCUUACAAUAAUAAUGAAAACAUACUGUAGUCCAGAGAAUGUUUUCAGGAAGACAAGAAAAAAUUCUAAGAAUUAA